CGCUGACUUUAGGCGCUCCCUAUGUUAAUUGUUAAUUUUUCAAAAUACAACCAUCAAAUUAAAAACUAUUAUUUUAAUUUAUUAUUGAAAUAGUAAUAUUUAUGUUAAAAGUAAAAAUUUACAGGGGUUGAGUUUUUUACAUUAGUUAAUUUAAUAAUUCAUAUUUCUAAAAAAAAAAUCAUUAAUACGUUACAUUUUUUAAUUGAUCAAUUAUUUUUGUUCAAUACAUGAUGAUUUAAUAAUAGUGAUUAUUCCAUACAGGUUAACUAUUCAAAGGAAGUCUGCCUAAAACCGCUACUUACAGUCAGCAGAUCCUUUUAGUUAUAUUUGAAUCUUCAGAAUUAAAUAUAUUCAUAUUGAGUAUAUUGUAAUUGAAGUAAAUUAUUAUGGCGGUUGGAAAUGAAGUGCCAAGUUCUCUGAAAAUAGAGACAUUGAUCUCAGAGGUAGGCCAACAAAUCAAUUCUGACAAAGAAACUGUUGAACUGAUUAAAUUACAAGUAAAAGAAAUUGAAAAAGGUGUUCUAAAAAAAGAACCCAGGUUCAUCUUGAGGGUUGUCUGCACUUUACCAAAAACAAGGAAAAAACUUAAUAGGGAUGUUUUUAUGUCUGUACUUCCUGAAUAUUAUUAUUUACAUGAUGAAGUUUUCAAGUGGAUUCCAUCUAAAGGAAGAAUAACUAACAUAGAUGAAAAUAUUAUUAUUCCUAUAUUACCAGAAAUCGAUUCGUAUCUUCACCUCCUGAUUUUGAUUUAUCUAUUAGAUUGUGGUAAUUUUAUGGUUGCUGUUCCUUGUUCCAAUAAGUUGAUAUCUAAGGUCUGUGAUCAGAACAGGCGAAGCAUGAGUUUAAUUGCUGCAAAAGCAUAUUUUUACCAUAGUCGAGCCUACGAAUUAACAGGUCAACUUGAAAAAAUUCGUCCCUUCUUUCUUUCCUGCUUAAGGACCUGUACCUUAAGAAGUGAUUCUCUUGGACAGGCAGUUCUUAUUAACUGCCUUCUUCGUAACUAUUUGGAAUAUAACCUUUAUGAUUUAGCUGAUAAGCUUGUUAGUAAAAUCGAUUUUCCAGAAAAAGCCAAUCAUAAUGAGUGGGCAAGAUUUUACUAUUACAUUUCUAGAAUAAAGGUUACUCGAUUGGAAUAUUCUGAAGCUCAGAAAACUGUUACCUUAGGAUUAAGGAAAGCUCCUGAAAAAACAGCUGUAGGAUUCAGGCAAGCUGCCAAUAAACUUGCAAUAAUUAUUGAAUUACUUCUUGGUGACAUUCCUGACAGAAAAAUAUUCAAUGAAGUAAUGAUGAGGAAAUCAUUGGAACCUUAUUUAGAGCUAACACGGGCAGUAAGAGAUGGCAACUUAACUAAUUUUAGUGAGGUCCUAGAAAAACAUGGCAAUACUUUUAGAUCAGAUAGAACUUUUAAUCUUAUAUUAAGACUUAGGAGAAAUGUCAUUAAAACAGCAGUAAGAGGGAUAGGCCUGGCUUAUGCCAGAAUUAGCACUGAUCAGAUUGCUGUAAAAUUAGGAGUUGACAGUCCUCAAGAAGCAGAAUAUAUUGUUGCCAAAGCAAUAAAAGAUGGUGUUCUUGAAGCAGUUCUAAUUCCUGGAUAUAUGGUAUCCCUAGAAAUAGGUGAUAUAUACAGAACUAUGGAGCCAACAAAAAACUACAAUAAACGGAUAGCUUUUUGUUUAGAGUUGCACAAUUUAAGUGUUAAGGGUAUGCAUUAUCCUGUAAAGAAGUAUGAAUCCAGACUCAUUCCAGAUCAAGAUAUUGAAGAAGAUUUUGAUAUUGACUUUAUAUGAAUCUAAUAUUGCUUUUCCAUCAAAAGUAAAUGUCAUCUGUUCUUUUCAGUUUGUUAGAGUUUUUGAUACAUUAUAUUAUAGUUUGAUAAAUUUCAUUGUUUUUUUUAAAUCUUCCAUAGGUCCAUUAUUUAAUACUGUAAUUUUAUUAAGUAUUUAUUAUAAGUAAACUUUAUU